UAGAUUUACUGUUACUUGUGUUUUAUUUGAACUGUUUCUUUCUGACACAGUCUGGGAGGUUCAGAACGAGCUUCAGAGAUUCGCAUCCUCGGGGAAAACCAUUAAAUUCAAUAUUACAAGAGUGAAUUUGUCAAGAACUUUUCCCACAGUGUUGAAAUGAGAUCUGAUGCCUCGGUCUCGGAUAUGCCGGAUAUGGUCGUUUGCACAAGGACAAUGUGUUACUUUUAAAAAAUGUGCCAUGGCAUAAUUACUUUUAUGAAGUGGGUGAACGGGCACACUGUUGUUCUGUGGAGGACUCUGCCAAGUUUCUGCAGGACCGAGCCAGCGUCAACAGCAGUUGUAUUCAAACCAAACAAUGUGACCUUUGCAACACGGAUGAAAUGUCACAAUGCUCGGGAUCUGCUUGUGUUUGAGUGUUGCCGUCCACCUUGCGGUGUCUCAGGAAGCCGAAGCUCAGGAACCUGUCACAUACAUGUGCACUGAAGGUUAUGAAUUUGACUUUGAAAAACAAAUCUGUAAAGAUAUAGAUGAAUGCAAGACAGUGCAGGACGCCUGCAAAGGGGGCAUGAAAUGCGUCAACCAUUUUGGUGGAUAUCUCUGCUUACCCCACAACGCUCAGAUAAUUGUCAGUAACGGCGAGGAUGAGCCCACUACUGCCCCACCAGUGGAAAGAGGAGAUGUUCAGCCCGGGAUAGCCCCCAAUUACAGGGGCGAUUACACCAGAGUCAUUCAAAGCGCAACACAUACAAUCCAGUGUGGUGUCGGUUUCAUGCCAGACUCUCAGAACUACUGCAGAGAUGUGAAUGAAUGUCUCACUUCAAACCCCUGCCAACAUCAGUGCUACAAUCUGAUUGGUUCUUACCUCUGCCAAUGUGAAGUCGGAUAUGAACUGGCUUCAGACUCCGUCUCCUGCCAAGACAUUGAUGAGUGCGAAUUCUCAAACUACAUGUGCCAGUUCCAAUGUGUGAAUCAACCUGGGGGAUACAGUUGUGUGUGUCCUGAUGGAUACCAGCUCCAAGGGACGCGGAUGUGCCAAGAUAUAAAUGAGUGUGAAACGUCACACAACUGCAGAGAAGAUGAAAUGUGUUGGAAUUACUACGGAGGAUUCCGUUGCUAUCCCAGAAACCCCUGCCGUGAGCCAUACGUGAAAACAGGCGAAGGUCGCUGUCGGUGCCAGUCACCAAAUGUUUGCCGGGGACUGCCGCCUGUCAUUGUCUACAAGUACAUGAGCAUCUUUUCCGAUCGCUCAGUGCCUGCGGAUAUCUUCCAGAUUCAAGCUACCAGUGUCUACCCCAAUAUGGUAAACACUUUCACGAUCAAAUCCGGCAAUGAGGGAGGAGAGUUCUACCUGAGGCGCUCUAGUAACGUAAGUGCCAUGUUGGUAAUGACCAAACCGUUGACUGGACCUCGAGAACAUGUUGUGGAUCUGGAGAUGGUCACCCAGAGUAAUGCCUUGAGCUACCGUUCCAGCUCACUGCUGAGACUCACUAUUAUAGUGGGUCCAUACCCUUUCUAAAUCAUCUAGUUCGACUGAAUCAGCACCUUGGGUUUAUGUUUGUACUGCAGCUUACUAUGUUUAAAAUGUUCAACACAGCAUGGUCUCCUGGCCUUGAUCAGUGGUUCUUAUCUGGUUGGUUGCAACCCAAAAAUGGAUCAUGAUGGAAACCAAUUAAUAGAUUCAUUAAUAUUGGAAUGUUUAUCUUUAUAUGAUCAAUCUUUUGCAUAAUACAUUUCAUGGUUCUGCAUUGAGUCACCAAUUAAAACAUGGACUCCCGAAGCAAAACCAGCUGAGAACCACUGGCCGAGAUUGCAUAUUUACUGGGUUUCAAACAGGAAUUUGUUUACUAAUCAUAAAAAGUAGGCUGUCUGGUUUAUUGAAGUUUUCAAGUAAUUUGUACUUUGAAAAAUCAAAGACAAGGUCUGAGAGGGUGACAUGUAAGACCAAGAAAUAUCUGAAAAACAACACAGCUGGAUAGCAGAAAAAAAACACGGUCGCUCAAGUUUCAUUCUGAAAAGCACUAUUCUUUGUCUUGAUAGUAAGAGGAUUUUCUCGAGAUUCUUCUGCAUGGAUCCAUGUCAGUCUUUUAAAGGAAUAGUUCACCCAAAAGUGAAAAGUGUGUCAUUUAUUUAGGCCUAGUCACUUUUUGACUUUCUUUCUUCUAUAUAGCAUACAAGGUGAAAUUUAUCUGAAUGUCCCAUGUGCUUGUUUCCAUACAAUAAACGUCAAUGGGGACAGAAGCUGGAGAUCCAAAAAAAUAACAAAAUACUCAGCACUCAAAAAGCUCAGCUAUAUUGCAAGUCUUCUGAAAAGACCGAAAUGUAGGUUAUACACUGAAAUUAUUCCCUCCACCUCUGCUCUCAAAUCUUUCACACGUCUCCAUAUUCAAAUCGGUUUCACAAUCAAUUACGACAAAUGCAGCGUCCACCAACCAUAACCUCUUUUUUCUUUUAACUUCAGUUCUGCAUUUUUCGAACGCAGUGUCAUGUGUAAAAGACACAAGAUGUGAGCUCAAUGACAAAAGACAUCAAUGUAGGUUGCACAUGUUUACAUAGAAGAACACUGGAAAAGUAACAGAGGAAUACACAAACACAUUCCCUGUGAAUGGACCCCUUGCUGACACAAAACUGUCAUAUGGCUAAAACACAGGCGCCAAUUUAUGUUUCUACCGGUGGGUGUCCACGCUCUGUAACCCCAAGUGCAAAUACAUUAACAACCAUAUAUAAACACAUCUCAAUUCACCUCUGUUUCCAUGAGCAAAUGAUAACUGGGCUAAGUAAGGUGACACACACAUACGUAACAAAUUACCCUUAAAAAUUUAACAUGCUCAUACGCAACAAAUUUCCCUUAAAAAUUGAACAUGCUCAUUGUUUAAUACUCAAUUAUACUUGGUGUUAGUUUUUCAAGAAUAGGCCGCUUGAUGAAUUCGUUACACAAAAGUUAUUUGUGUCUCAAUACUUUAAACCAACCAAACAAAACCACAAAUUCUUUCCAUGAGUGUUGUCACAGGCCGCUCUCUUGCUGAUAUACCUGAUAAUCUUGGAGUUAAUUACUUAAAAUGAUAUUUAUUAUCAUGGAAAAAAAAA